UCUUCCCAUUCCUUCUACAAAGGGCCGAAGAGGGGCUGAAGGCCAACACACCUGGAGGGAGGGCCGGAGUGGGCCCAGGCAGAGGUAAUUUUCAAUGAGAAAAUGUGAUUUCUGGCUGAGAAUUUGGGAGUUGAGCCUGCUCUGGGAUUUCUUUCCCUUGAGAGAAGACGGAGGAAGAGCAUCUUAGAUACGGUAGGGUUCUUCAUCAGAGUGACUCCAACAUGAAGAGAACCAACUCACCUGGACCUGAAGCAGGAAGGGCUCCCGGGAAGAUUGGAGAAUCCUGGGAAAUAACUACACAGCUGAUCCUAGAUAAACACAUACAGUUCCAGCGCUUCAGGCAUUCCUCCUUUCGAGAGGCCGAGGGACCCAGAGAGGUUUGCAGCCGCCUCCACUCUCUGUGCCGCCAGUGGCUGAAGCCAGAGCAACACACCAAGGCGGAGAUGCUGGACCUGGUGAUCCUGGAGCAGUUCCUGAGCAUCCUGCCCCCAGAGAUGGGGAGCUGGGUCCGAGAGUGUGGGGCAGAGACCUCUUCCCAGGCGGUGGCCCUGGCGGAAGGCUUCCUCCUGAGUCGGGCAGAGGACGAGAAGCAGGAAGGACAGGCCCAUAAUAACUGCAUUGAAGUCCAUCCUGAUGUAUCUGAAUCAGAGAAAACUCUGCCAGACACCACCCAGAGCCUCAAGCAGAAGGAACUCAAGAAGGAAGGAGAUGGGGCUGUGGCCUUGGAGGAGGCUAGAACGAUGUUGUUGCUGAAUUCUCAGUCGGUACUUCCGCUUUGUGAUGGAAUGAAACUGAAUCAGGGCCCAAUCGCCUUUGAGGAGGUGGCUGUCCAUUUCUCUUUGGAGGAGUGGGCUCUCCUGAAUCCUGGUCAGAAAGCCUUGCACGUCCAGAUCAUGGAGGAGAUUCGUGGGAUGGUGGACUCUCUUGCAGAUAACUGGGAAAAGAGCAAUGUAUGCACCAAACACAGGAAGCAUUUGGGAGACACCAGGGGCCAUACAAAAAAGAAAACAUACCAAUGCAAGGAAUGUGGGAAAUGUUUUGCUCAGAGUUCAAACUUGGAGAGGCACAAAAGACUCCACACAGGAGAGAAGCCAUGCAAUUGCCAGGAGUGUGGGAAAGGUUUUGCUCAGAGUUCAGACUUGAUGAAGCACAAAAGAGUCCACAAAGGAGAGAAGCCAUACCAUUGCCAGGAAUGUGGGAAAUGUUUUGCUGACCAUUCACAAUUGGUGAGCCACGAGAGAGUUCACACUGGAGAGAAGCCGUACCAAUGCCAGGAAUGUGGGAAAUGUUUUGCUCGGAGUUCAUACCUGAUGAAGCACAAAAGACUCCACACAGGAGAGAAGCCAUACCAAUGCCAGGAUUGUGGGAAAUGUUUUGCUGACAGUUCAUACUUGAUGAGGCACAAAAGACUCCACACAGGAGAGAAGCCAUACCAAUGCCAGGAAUGUGGGAAAUGUUUUGCUGACAGUUCAGUCUUAGUGAGGCACAAAAACCUCCACACAGGAGAGAAGUCAUACCAAUGCAAGGAAUGUGGGAAAUGUUUUGCUCGUAGUACAGAAUUGGUGAGUCAUAAAAGGCUACACACAGGAGAGAAGCCAUACCUAUGCCAGGAGUGUGGGAAAUGUUUUGCUCAAAGUUCACACUUGGUGAAGCAUAAAAGAGUCCACACAGGAGAGAAGCCAUACCAAUGCCAGGAAUGUGGGAAAUGUUUUGCUGACAGUUCAGACUUGGUGAAGCACAAAAGGCUCCACACAGGAAAGAAGUCAUACCAAUGCCAGGAAUGUGGGAAAUGUUUUGCUCUUGGUUCACACUUGGUGAGGCACAAAAGACUCCACACAGGAGAGAAGCCAUACAAAUGCAAGGAGUGUGGGAAAUGUUUUGCUCGUAGUUCAGAAUUUGUGAGCCAUAAAAGACUACACACAAGUGAGAAGCCAUACCAAUGCAAGGAAUGUGGAAAAUGUUUUGCUCGCAGUUCACAUUUGUUGAGCCACAAAAGACUCCACACAGGAGAGAAGCCAUACCAAUGCCAAGAGUGUGGGAAAUGUUUUGCUCAGAGUUCAAACUUGGUGACGCACAAAAGACUCCACACAGGAGAGAAGCCAUACCAAUGCCAGGAGUGUGAAAAAUGUUUUUCUCAGAGUUCAGCCUUGGUGAGCCACAAAAGACUCCACACGGGAGAGAAGCCAUACCUAUGCCAGGAGUGUGGGAAAUGUUUUGCACACAGUUCAGCCUUGAUGAAGCACAAAAGACUCCACACAGGAGAGAAGCCAUACCAAUGCCAGGAGUGUGGGAAAUGUUUUGCUUGCAGUUCAGCCUUGGGGAGCCACAAAAGACUCCACACAGGAGAAAAGCCAUACCAAUGCCAGCAGUGUGGGAAGUAUUUUGCUCAGAGUUCAAAUUUUGUGAGGCACAAAUGUCGUCACACUGGAGAGAAACCAUACCAGUGCCAGUAGUGUGGGAAAUAUUUUGUUUGCAUUUCAUAUUUGAUGAAGCACAAAGAGUUUUGCACAGGAGAGAAUCAUGCAGGAGUGUGAAAAGUGUUUUCCUU